AUGAGGUGGCUUCUGUUCGUGUUCGUGUCACUACUCUCGGUGGUUGCUAGCUUGCAGAACGGCGGCGUGACGAGGGGUGGCAGCGGCAUACAGAUCGGCACCAGCGACCGCGGCUCGCACGCGAAAGGCACCGGAUUGCUCAGUGGACGAGGCCACUCGGGCGUGAGACUCGGCGAGGCGAGAUUUCCGAAUUCCACGAGGCAGAGACCGUUCACCACGACGACCACCACACCGUCGCCGUCGCCACCGCCGCCGUCCUCCAAGUUCACCCUCGCGCCGCAGUCCGGCGACAACAAGAACAGCUACAACACCACCUCUUACUUGAGGGUGGCCAUGAUGGUUCCGCACAAGUCCUUCGCUGUCAGGGAAUAUACGAAGGCAGUGACUUCAGCUGUUCACACGUUGCAGAAAAGCACGAGAGGUCCGAGACUGAGACUUUUCCAACGUUACGACAUCCACGUGAAAGUAGGCAUGAAGUCGUUGACACCAAGUCCUACUGGUGAGUCAACUUCCACGUCUAUUCUUUUUUCUAUUUUUCUAGUGCCUGGAAAAACAAAUGGUGUAGGA